GAGCUAAAUUUACGUCUGUUUCAAGUUGCACUUCCGUCCUGCGGCUGUCAAGGGGACAGCAAUGAUAAAAUGUGUUGAUACACGUGAAUAACUUGUAUCUGAUUGGAUUGAAUAGUAAUCAAAUCGUAUAUCGAUCAUGUCCAUUGCUGUAUCGCGUGCCCUGUGUAGGGUAUUGUCCCGACAGGCUGCAGUGCCAACUAAUGUUAGCUCUUUGAUGGGAGUGGACGGUCAUGUCAGUCAAGGUCCUUGGUUUGCAUCUGUUCUCACAUUGAAGACAUCUGCGCCGCUAAGAGCAGAGCCCAAGAAGAAGAAGAAAGUGGACCCUCGUAGAGAGCAGAUGGUGAGAGAGAGACUGAAGAAGAAGUUGAAGAAGCUGGAGAGAGUUCCUCCUGAGCUCAUUCCCAUUGAAGACUUCACAACCCCAGCCAAAUACAUGGACGAGACCAGGGUGCGUGGUGCUCCUCAGCUUCCCUUUGAGGAGAGUGAACGUCGGGCUCUACUGCUGAAGGAGUGGUCCCGCUACAAACAGACCCAACACCGGGCAGAGAUGGAGGCAGUAGGCCUGGCUGUGGAGGCCCAGAGGGAGGCUCUGGAGGAGCUGAGGCUGGAGUCAGAGGAGCUCUACCAGGCAGCACUGAGGCCAGACCCCUUGCUCUUCCCCUUCAACCACCAGGGACCCAGCUACACACCGCCCAAGGCCCAGUAUGAGGCACCUGAAGGCAAAUACAACAACAUCACCAAAGUCUACACCCAGUGAGAGGGUGGCAGCAUUAACAUUGUGGGCGUAACAUGUGUUGACAUGGUUAUUACAUCCCCUGGUCUUUACAUGAUUUGGACAGACUAAAUAUUUGACGAGCAUGUUCAUGAAAAUAGAUUAGACAUGAAAGCUCAGAACAACCUCCCUGCCAACAAUAGUGGAUGGAUGUCUCAUUCAAAGGGUAUUUCAACCGCUUACCGAACAGAGGACCAUGACCCGGUCAUAUUCAUUGUAUUGACAACUGCCCUGUCAUGGAACAAGUUUCAAUUCAAACUCAUAAAGUGAUUCACAUUUUGUACUGUAUUGUUACAUUCAUAAAUGUCAUAGUUUAAAUACAACCUGUAAGUAAAACAUACCAGAGGGUUGAAAAAGGAUUCACUUAAAAAAAAUAUAUAUAUAUACUUUUGAAUGUAUAUAACAGACUGUAGAUGAGGUAUCCUGUGAAAUAAUAAAGACAAAGAGCCUGUGUAA